CUGGAGUACAUGGAACAGGAAGGUCUUCGAGAUGACGAUGUUGUUGUGGUAUUUGAUGGUGGUGACACUGUUUUCACUGGGGCCAGUAGGGUUCAGCAGGCAGUGGAUUAUUUCAUGGCGAAAACGGCACCCACCGCCGCUAAAUUUGAUGCCACUGCUGUACAGAACGGAAAGGCAGUAGCACCACUACUCUUUGCAGCGCAUCAUAUGUGUUUCACACCUCAGUUGGAACUUGUUGUCACAGAGGGGCCAGGGGAUUUCGUGAAAAAAUGCCAGUGGUUUUACAAGAGUAUGUUUGAUGUUGCAGAGUCUAUUCCUGGUCAGCGCAUGGUACGAUCAAAGGGAUUGCAGAUAUAUCUUAAUGCAGGGGGUUAUGUGGGGCGUGUGUGGGCUCUGCGAACUGCUUUUGCUGCGUAUGCGGGUGUGGCAGCAAUGCACCGUAACUGGACAUGCGACCAAAGCAUCUGGGCGCCCCUGCAAGUCUGGAGUAUACUUCAAAAACCUGAAGUGCCAAGCCAUUUGCGUUUACCCUAUGGUAUUAUGAGUCUUGACUACAAUCAUCAGUUUUUUUACAAUGCGAGAAAAAAACAUCCUGCAUUCUCUGCAAUUCUUCAUUUCCCUGGUAGAAUUCUGGCGGAGCGACGCUUUUUACCCAGAUAUAUUAGGAGCACAACAUGGUUUCAUGAGUUACAGCAAGACGCACGUUUACUGGAGGAGACGAGGCGUCUUUUGCGUGAUGCAAAGCUUGUGAAGGUGCGCGGAGCCGAUGGGCUUACGCAUACACACCAUUAUGGAAGAGUGUGUUCUGUCGAAGACGCUCUCAAUACCACAUGGCUGAUGAGUCCCUUGGAAAAGUAA